AAGAAUAUGAACAACGUACAGAAAAGUUUUCCGUUCGUGGAUGUUGGGAAUGGCGAGAAGGAAAAGUCAUAAUCUAUGAAUUUCCUUCUGUACCACAUGAAGUUUGCAUCAAUGCAAUCGUCGAGGAAAUAAAUGAUGGUUGCAGAGGUGCUCAAGCCGACGCAUCAUUUCGCCCGGAUAAACCAGUUGUAACUUCACAAAAUGGGAGUGAUGAAAAUGUGGCUUAUUCCGAAACAUUAGAUCAUGUCGAAGAAGCAUUGUGCUACUGGUUAAGUCCUGGUCGCGCCCAUGAUUGUAUUAUUGUAAAAAUAGAUCCGGUUCCCCAAGGCGAAAUGCCUGUCCGUAUGAGAGUGGAUAAUCCCAUUUGUCCGGUCAAAUCCCAAGAGUUUGCCAAAAAAGUUCGAGCACGUGAUGGAAAAUGA